UCUUUUUCUGCACACCACUUUGGAAAUUUGCACUCGUGUAGCCCUGCUCGAAGCUGCGCUCACCUGCCUGGGACUGCGUGCUCGUGAGCGGCUGGGCAGAUGAUUUAAUCGGAUAAUCAGACUAAUUGCCUCUUAUGGUAUUGCCCCUCAUUGAUUCUGUCGACCAUCCACCUAAUCACUGUCAUGAUUUGCCUGAUUUUCUUCUUCUUUCCUGCUGUUUGAAAGUGACCGGCUGCAGGUGUUUUUUUUCGCUCUCGUGAACCCUGGCAAUAUGUAAUUUGGGAAUAGACGCUGCGUUUUUCUUUCUGGAGAACUGGACUAUUUCACACCUGGGAUUCAUUUCGGGUUUUUUUUAUUUUUAAUUUCCUCUUUUUUUUUCUUUUCUUUUACCGCUUUACUCAGUAGACCACAACAUAUUCCGGUCCACCGUGAUGGUGUGUGGCUAUCUGAACUGACAGCAGAGUGUUCGCUUUCCUUUGGACAUCGCUUGUGGGACUGGUAAAAAAUGAAAGCUCCCAUUCCUCUUCUGAUCCUCCUUCAUGGCGUUGUGGUCCAUUGUGUGAAAGUGGUGUCAAAGAGAGGCUCAGUGGAAGGCUGCACAGACUGGUCAGUGGACCUCGAGAAAUACCAGGCACUGCUGGGGGAACCUGUACGGAUUAGAUGUGCUUUAUUCUAUGGAUAUAUACGGGCCAAUUACACCCUUGCACAGAGCGCGGGACUUAGCCUUAUGUGGUACAAAAGCGCAGGCCACGGAGACUUCGAAGAGCCCAUCAGUUUCGACGGAACGAGGAUGAGCAAGGAGGAGGACGCCAUAUGGUUCCGGCCGGCGGAGCUGGAGGACGUGGGCUACUAUUCCUGUGUGUUAAGAAACUCUACAUACUGCAUGAAAGUGUCCAUGUCUCUCACGGUAGCGGAGAAUGACACCGACCUCUGCUACAACUCCAAAAUGAGGUUCGUUCAGAAGGCGGAACUAAGCAAAAGCAAAAACAUCACCUGUCCAGGCAUCGAGGGUUAUACACAGCCGGGAGUGGAGCCUGAGAUUAUAUGGUACAAGGAAUGCAAGCCAAAACAGUGGAGAGCAACCAUAGAAACCAAGGACAUUCUGUUCAUCAAGGAAGUACAGGAAGAAGACUCUGGGAAUUACACCUGCGAGUUACAGUUGGGGAACUUUGUGGUUAGGAAGACUACAGAGUUAUCCGUCACAGCUCCCCUGACAGACAAGCCUCCGAAAAUCCUUUUCCCCGCCGAGAGUCAAAUGAGCGUCAUCGAGAUGGCGAUAGGAAGUCCUGUCAACCUGACAUGCAGAGCGUUCUUCGGCUACAGCGGAGACGUGAGUCCACUUAUCUACUGGAUGAAAGGGGACAAGUACAUCGAGGAUCUGGACGAUGAGCGGGUUCAAGAGAGUGACCUCAAGACAAUCCGAAAGCACCUUGGGGAGCAGGAGGUGUCCAUCUCUCUGACCAUUGACUCUUUGGAGGAGGGCGACUUUGGGAACUACUCAUGCUACGUGGAGAACAGCAACGGCCGCCGACAGGCCAACAUCCAGCUCGCCAAGAAAGCGGAGCUCAUGUACACUGUGGAGCUGGCCGGGGGUCUGGGGGCCAUCCUGAUGCUGCUGAUCUUCCUGGUGACUCUCUACAAGUGCUACAGGAUCGAGCUCAUGCUUUUUUACAGGAACCACUUUGGCAGCGAAGACAUAGAUGGAGAUAACAAGGACUACGACGCUUACCUGUCCUACACCAAAGUGGACCCGGACCAGUGGAGCCAGGAGACCCGUGAGGAGGAGCGCUUUGCCCUGGAGAUCCUCCCCGACGUCCUGGAGAAGCAUUAUGGGUAUAAACUCUUCAUUCCAGACAGGGACUUGAUCCCCACAGGAAGUUUCACCAAUGAUCAUUUCCAGGAUGACACAAGACUACUUAGAGCCUACAUCGAGGACGUUGCCCGCUGCGUGGACCAGAGCAAGCGCCUCAUCAUCGUCAUGACGCCCAGCUACGUGGUGCGGAGGGGAUGGAGCAUCUUUGAGCUGGAGACGCGGCUGCGCAACAUGCUGGUGACCGGCGAGAUCAAAGUCAUCCUGAUCGAGUGCGCCGAGCUGCGCGGCAUCAUGAACUACCAGGAAGUAGAGGCCCUCAAACACACCAUCAAGAUGCUGACGGUCAUCAAGUGGCGCGGGCCGUCCAGCAACAAGCUCAACUCCAAGUUCUGGAAGCAGCUGCUCUACGAGAUGCCCUUCAAGCGCAUGGAGCCCCUGAGCAUCUCCCACGAGCAGGUGCUGGACGUCAGCGAGCAGGGCCCCUUCAGCGAGCUCCAGACCGUCUCGGCCAUCUCCAUGGCGGCAGCCACCUCCACCGCCAUGGCGACGGCACAUCCGGACUUGCGCUCGACCUUCCACAACUCUUGCCACACCCAGAUGAGGCAGAAACACUAUUACCGUAGCUACGACUACGACCUCCCGCCCGGCGGCACCCUCCCGCCUCUGUCAACGCUAGGCAACCAGCACACCUACUGCAACAUCCCCAUGACGCUCCUCAACGGACAGCGGCCGCAGUCCAAGUCGCCCCGUCAGCAGAGUCUGGAGGAGAGCCACGGCAACAACGCCAUGCUGCCGCUGCUGCCCAGAGAGACCAGUAUAUCCAGCGUCAUCUGGUGACAGAGACGGCGUCGGGCAGCGUAGACUGGAUCUGUACCACGUCCGUCACAGGAAGGACUCGCCACCGGCACUCGGACCCCGAACGCACCGUAGCCGGGUGGACCCGAACGGCACUAAGCUACUGCUGUUGAAUUUGCACCAGGAAACAACAGGGGGACGGGCCUCACACACCGGACACACUGGUGGAGAUGCAGCUGUGGCCAAUAUUUUUUUCUGUUUUCCUUCUGUUAUUAGAGCUUUUAUGGAAACUGAACAGUGACAAAAGAAGCAAGGACAACUUUUUGUAUGCCUGUAUAAACACUCAAGUAACACAAGCCAACACCGACGAUAAUUUACCCAGAUAAGUCAAGGAAUACAGGGUCCUGUACAUACGUUUUCUAAUUCUUUGUAGCAUCAGUGUUUGGGACUUGUUUAUGUUUUCUCAUCAGUUGGGACUCCUUUUUUAGUUUCGGUUUGUAUAAAAGUGAAGCAAUGGCCUGUGAGAUGUGUCGGUUCAACCGUUGUUACCUUUAUCUUCAUUUUCCGGCCGGUGUAGUUUAUGACGUUUUGGGUUUUUCUCGGGUUCAAGUCGGCAGCCUUUGGGAGAUGAGCGCAAUCUCUGAGGGCGGAGUUUGACGUUUCUCCGGCUGAGAAACAGACUCAACCGCAAUAUGCAAAUCAUGGAGUCCAGAGGCGGAGGUCGGGGAGGGAAGAGCGAUGGCGUCGAUAUGAAGAAAAUGGUGCUAGGCUUCACAUCUCUAUGUUUCUCUCACGAUAACAUUUACUUUUAAAAGACAGCCUUGCUAUUUACCUUAACAGAUGAUUAUAUCACUGAGAAAUUAAUUAUGUGUAUUAUUUUAUGAAAAAAAAGUCUAUUUUUGUAACUGAGGGAUAUUUGCUUAGAGAAGUUAUACCUAUAAAAUUUCUGAUAGAAGGACACGGGGAAACAUAAUGAAAAAAAAACAGUGUUUUGUUAUGUGGAACUGCAUAGCUCACAAAAAAUCGAUAGGUCAUUCACUAAAUGUCUUACCCUUAUAUUGCAAGAGAAAAAAAAAAGUAUGUUUGUGUUUUCAUCAUUUAAAAAAAAAAAAAAGGAGAGUUUUGACAUUUCAACACAACACUCAUAGCAGCUUGGCGGGGUUUUACAUUCAUUGAUUUCACGAGGUUUCACAGUUGAUUUAACAAGGACGGAGCUACAUUAAUGAUGAUGUCAGUACAGGUGGGGGAUGAAGAGGAGGAGGAAGAGGAAAGCCAUGACAUCCAGCGUCACUUGAAGCAUUUACCUGGUUUCCUCUGCAGGACCAAACAAGGCUGUCCAGGGCUACAAACCUUCUGUUAUUCACUUCCUCCGAAACGACAGCUCUGUUCUAUGUUUGCCAUCCUCCAUGUCCGAUAAAUAAAUAAAUAAAACAGGGCUUUUACUCUUUAGUUCCGAACACUUGCUGCUGUUCCUGCUCGGCGAGGGGGGACCGUAAACACCCGGCACAUAGGAAAGAGGUAUCAGUGUUUAGUUUUAAUAGCAUAUAACACUUUAGAGGAUGUAACUGGUGUAUUUUUUUUUUGAUCUACUGACCAAUAUCAUCGCAUCCUCCAGCCUUUUAGAGUGAAACCCUUCCAAAUAGGAUGUAAUUAAUGCAUACGAGUGACAAGAAUGUAUUUAAAAAGCAAAUUAAAUCCUGGAUUAUAUGUAACUCUACAGCAGAAACAUUAGACCAAAGCAAGUUUCCCAUAUUCACUAAAAUGGUCAGAUCAGUACAAUUUCAUCCAAUCAGGCGCCGCUUUAAUCCUUAACCUUUGUUUUUCCAGAAACUAACCUCAUACUAAAUACCCACAGCAUUUUCUAACAGGGAGGUGUUUUGGUUUAAUAUGCAAAGACAUGAAACAGUAAGUGAAAAUCUGUUCCCCUUUUACUCGCUCUUUGGUCUUUUUUAUUGUAUUUGAAUCUGGCCUGAGUUAGCCUCGUUUUUUCUUUGGUUUAAACGUUUGCUGUAAACUGCUCAGAGUGAAAUAUCAGACAGAUUAUUGGAAACACCCCCCCCUUUGUGAAAAAUUCCAGAGGUAGAUCACAUGGGAGAGCACACGACGGAUGCGCUCGUGUAAAUAUAAUCAAGAUAGGAACGCGAUUAAGAUGAAGACAAUCGAGCCAUAUUCAUGAAACCAAUGGUCAUUGUUCGCUCGGCCUCAGAGUAGGAACACUAAUCCUGACUGGAGGUUAAAACGCAGAUCGGAUGAAAUUUCAAUGACAUUUUGGUGUCAACGUUUGCAUUUUCUGAGUCGGAUGAUACAUAUUUUGUUUCAUGAUGAAUUUCUGGUGAUGGUGGCUUUGAUGAUGAUGAUGAUGAUGAUGAUGAAUAACAAUGACAAUAUAUAGCACAGAAUUAUUCCAGGCACUUUCACGACUCUUGAGACGACGUCUCUCCUGUUUCUGAUUUAUUUUCUAUUAUGUAUCUGCAAUGUUCAUUAAAAGAGAUACUGUUAUUAUUAAUAAAACCACAUUUACGGUAA